AUGGACCGAUACCAUUUCGUGGAUGCUUUACCCAAAGGAGCAUCACAGCGCACGAAAAGCUUGCAAAAGUCCAAAAUUCGGUCCCACGCCGCUGCGUCAGCACAACGGAAGAUGAGGCAUGAGAAAAACGUUCCGAACUUUGCGCGAAAAGCUCAGACGUCCCCAAGGCAAUCUCCUAGCACUUGGACUGCUGUCUCCAGCUCAGGUCUCUUGCCUCGACAUUUCUGUCCUCAUGUGACUACCGAGCCCAGUCAAGAUCCAUCCUGGCUACGGUACGUUGAUGAGUCCCAGGAAAGCGAAUCGUCCGAAAUCAAUAAUGCACAGGAGGCAUUGCAGAGAGAGCUAUAUCAGUCCAACCAUUCAAAAAGGGAGCCAGAUGUGAGCAAGGAGUUAGAUCCGCUUAUGUCCAUACCAUUCGGCAUCGGUCCUGAAGAUAAGCAUCUUUUACAUUUCUACCUUUCAACAGUAUCGGGCGAGCUAUAUGGACAAUGCCCGAAUCCGGCCUUUAGCACCAGCCGAGAUCUUGUCCUAGCCAAUUGCCAUGUAUCUUCAUACACAUUACAAUGGACGCUUAUAACGGCCAAUACGUUUUACCUGCGCUACAGCAAUCCGCGCGCUCUUUCAUCGCUACUUUGGCGGCGACACAAAGCCUACCGGGCCAUAAAUCAAUGUCUCAGUGAUAAUAACAAAGAUUUACCCGAUGAACUAGUGUCGGGUAUUAUAAUGGCAAUUUCCACGGAGUCCCGUGUAGCUAGCUUGGAAACAGCCGCGCUACAUCUACGAGGAUAUGAGAAGAUUGUCAGUUUGAAAGGGGGACUACAACACAUGCUACUGAACAUUUCACAUCCUUCAAUGCUGGCCGGCCACUUAGUGCCAUAUUUAGUAUGUGAGCCAGACAGAGUUGGGUCAGAGAUAUCGGCAAUAUCCUUGCAAGAUAUUAUGGGAAUCCACGGAUUUGAUCUCGCAAGCCCUGAACUAAUGGUACUUAUGCAAGACAGAGAGAUCCGACUGCUUCUUUCAUCAAAUUGGCUAAGACCUUACUUCCGGCCACGAAUCUGGGCAUCCAUGAAAUACGAAGAGAAAACAAGCCACUUUCUGUCUCACUAUUUCAUCCUCAAGUUACUUUGGAGAUUGCGAGAAAAUACCCUGUUUGCACGCUUCGGCAUUGCACGGUUACACUAUAUCGUGGCUAAAAGUGCCACGGUAGAUUAUGCUGGGAAGGUGUCAUUGACUCUCCGGGGCUUUAUGUGGAUUGUUGUUAAAGCUAUAUUUGACGUGCUUGGGAUACUUAAGCCAAAGGAUGCCUUGAAAGAAGCGCAAACUCAAGAAAUUGUAUCGGGAGUCAAUGCCUUGAAGCGAUUCGGAGCUCUCAAUGAUAAAAUGAGGCAGCAGAUCGCUUCGCUUCUUAGUCAUUUUCUUUUUGUCGGGUAA